AUCGAUUUGUGAAAAAGCCUGUAGAAUAAAUCAACAUGGCGUCCUCCAUGGACUUCUUCAGGAAACUUGGUGCUGGUGCGAAAUUUGAUCUAAAAAGAUUUCAGCGUGAUGCAGAGAAAAUUCAUAUCAAGAAAGUCUCCCAGCAAAAAUCAGCAAAGCAUGUGCAUGCAUCCCUUGAUUUCUUUAACUCGCCUGGAAAAAGGAAUCAACAAGGAACAACUGAUGAUCUGGAGGGAAUUAAAGAAAAAGACGAAAUAGAAGAUGAAAGAGUGAACACCUCUGUUAAACGAAAACAGAAUCCACAAGGGCUUAAAACUGAAAGUCAAACUGUAAAGAAGAGUAAACUUCCUCCAGAAACAAUUGAAUUGCUGCGACAAGAAAAGAUCAACUCUACCAGAAAGAAAAACAAAAUUCAUUUUGAAGGAACUGAUGUGCCUGAGCCAGUCACAGAUUUCCAACAGUUACAACAAGAAUACUGUGUGCAUGGAAAUAUCCUAAGAAACAUUGCACAGUCAGGAUAUGAAAAACCAACACCUAUACAGAUGCAAGUCCUUCCUGUAAUGCUAAAUAGACGCGAAGUGUUGGCUUGUGCACCGACUGGAUCUGGAAAGACUGCAGCAUUCAUCAUUCCAAUCUUGGCCCAUCUACAGAAAUCAAGAGGUAAAGGAAUAAAAGCUGUAGUUGUGUCACCAACAAGAGAACUUGCACAGCAGACAUAUCGAGAGUUUGAACGUCUCGCAGAAGGUCAAGAGUUAAAAAUCAAAGUACUUGAUAAAAUACAAACAAUGAACAAGUCAGCAAAACUAAUAUGUGACAUACUUGUAUGCACCCCAAAUCGCUUGGUGUUCAUGCUCAAAGAAGAAACUCAGUCUCUCAAACUCAAAAAUGUUGAGUGGCUUAUCAUAGAUGAAUCUGAUAAACUAUUUGAAGAAGGAAAAUCUGGAUUUAGAGAACAGCUGGCUGUUAUUUACAAGGCGUGCGACUCUUGCCAUGUGCGCCGGUCACUCUUCAGCGCCACAUUUGCAUACGAUGUUGAACAGUGGUGUAAGAUGAAUCUGGAUAAUGUUGUUGCCGUUACAGUUGGGCAAAAGAACACUGCAACAGACACCAUUAAGCAAGAACUAACUUUUGUCGGUACUGAGUAUGGCAAGCUACUAGCAAUAAGGAACAUCUUUAGAAAAGGUUUUGAGCCUCCAGUUUUAAUGUUUGUGCAGUCAAAGGAUAGGGCCAAGGAGUUAUUUAAUGAGCUUGUAUAUGAUGGCCUGAAUGUUGAUGUGAUACAUGCAGAUAGACCACAACAACAGAGAGAUGAGGUAGUUAAAAACUUCAGGUCUGGCAAGAUAUGGGUUCUGAUCGCCACUGAGCUAAUGGGACGUGGGAUAGAUUUCAAGGGUGUGAACCUUGUCAUUAAUUAUGAUUUCCCAACUUCUGCGGUGAGUUACAUCCAUCGAAUCGGUAGGACAGGACGAGCAGGGAGAAACGGAACAGCUAUCACAUUCUUUACGGAAAAUGAUCUAGCACACCUGAGAAGCAUCGCCAAUGUUAUGAGAAACGCCGGCUGUGAAGUACCAGAGUACAUGUUGCAGAUCAAGAAAACAUCCAAACGAGAGAAGAAACGUCUAGAAAGAAAUCCAGUGGAAAGAACUACAAUCAGAACACUGCCAAAAAAAGACUUGAAAAAAGCUCGUUGGAAAAGGGAAAUUAUAAAACAGAAACUUGCAAAAAAGCAGAAUCACGGAAGUAAACCUUCAAUUGCAGCUCAUGCAGGUGAAUCAGCUGCUGGCAAAAAAGAAACAAUUACAAAAAUGAAUAAGCAUCCUAAUGCCUUGAAACAUUCAAAAACAAUUAAAAAGGCACAAAUUCAUAGAAAGAAAUCUAAUGAGGUGCAUAAAAAAGAAGAAAAAGGAACAUGAACCAGAACCAAGCUAUAAGUGGAGUCGUAUCCUGAUUUUUAUUCAAGAGGUCUAAUACAAAAAAAGAAAAAGCUACACCAUAAAAGAACAUAAAUAUAGAACCAGCAAUUUGAGUUGUCAAUACUUAUGCAGUUAUCCGGUACAUUUUAAUUAAAGUAUAGGCACAGUAUUUGGUAUAUACAGUACAGUAUAAUGGUCAUUUAUCAAGAGCCCUUGUUUUUCGCUUUAAUUGAAUACAAGAUUGCUAAGCAACAGACCACAUCUAAAUAUCAGCAUUGGGUUUAAACCUUUUGUAGGAAACCCGAAGCCUUCUUGCUGCACUGAAAAAAACUUUUCAUGAUUGGUCACAUCUUGAGAGUAACUGAAGCUCUUUUCACUACUACAAAAUGAUAAGCAUAAUCUAAUAUUUAAAAUCUUAAAUGAUCUUAAAAUGCAACUUGCUGCAAACAAGCAACGUUGGCCCUUGUGUCAAAAUUGUAAGUUAUUUAUUAAUUUUUUUUAAAUUUAGAUCAAAUCAAAUCAAACUUUAUUUGUCCAUUAAAACACAGGUAAAAUGGAAAUUCUUUUUCCACUGGCAAAGAACAUGAAACAUAAAAAAAACAUUGUAAAAACAUUAAAACACACCAGGACAACAGUGACUAAAAUUUGUGCGGAUGUAUGUGCAACUGUUUUUCUUUUCCUCUAGUAUCAUUGGUCAGAUACUGUAUUUUUGGAAAACAAUUGAUUAAUAAUAAUAGUCAGAUUAUUCAUUAUUCAAUAUGACCUUACAACCCUAUAUAUUUGGUAGCACAAAUACUGCAGUACUGUCUACUAUUCUAAAUGACACUACAGGGGCGGAUUGCUAUAAAACGGUCUUAACUUGUAGUCUUAAAUUCUCGAAUAAAGCCGGCUUUAUCACUUAGACGGUCUUACUAAAGUCAUUCCUCUAAGGCCAUUGCUAUAAAACAGCCUUCCCUAAGACCGCUUUGAGUAUUGAAACGCAAACAAGCACUCCCUGGUAACGUAAGAUUGAGGGCGAUGUCAUGCGUGCUCGACGCACGCAAAUGUAUUGAAAUGAACGUAAAUAAAUGCCGUAGACCUAUUUUUAAAGACGCUGAGAAGUGUGCGGAGUAUUCGUUGUUCGAUUCUCUGACUUUGAUGAUCUAGGCCUAGGUCUUGCCAUUGAAGUGU